AUGGCUUACAACGCCAUGAUGCUGCCGAAUGUGGCGGCUGUGACAACGGAACUCUGGCCCUCUGUCGCGAAUACCGUCAUGGUCCCCUGGAAGAGCUCGACGAGCCCGAUUUCGAGACGAUCCCGCAACGCCCAGGUUGCAACCCCGGCGCCUUCCACCGAUGCAAAGGUGCAGCAUAUCCAACAAGUGACCGAGCCCCAUAUCCCUGAGUUUCUUCGAAACGUCACUCUCCGCGCCUUGAACUCUCCCACUGGCCCCGAUGCGAUGGUCCCCACUACCGUCCAAACAACCAUUGCGAACCUGACCCGAGUGGGCCUUCAUGCUGCGAACCCAGUCUUGCGACGACCGUACUUCCAACCCGCCGUCUCCGCAUCGCCGUCUUUUGUCCGCCUAUUCAUGCGAUCUACCCCUGGCCUUUGGUCAUCUUCCCGAAGCAUAUCUACGUUCCGUGCAAUCAAUACCCAACAGAGAGGAUUUGGCACAUCAAACGGUAUUUCUCGCAACCAACUUGCUUCUCUUGAGGAGUCUGCCAACAGGAACCCCGGAAAUGCAAAUGCCCAAAAUGCCUUCUAUCAACUUCUUCUUCGAGCCAACAUGCCCGCCAUUCUGGUUGAACGAUACCAGUCCAAUCGCUUUGCGACCAACCCCGGAACUGACGACGCCUACCGCAAGGCUCUUGGGUUACUGGGUGCUGGCGUGAACAAUGCUGCCAAUGCCUCUGCUGCUGGAUCCUAUGGCCGGACUCAGUGGCCAACUUUCGAGCAGGCUGUUGGAAACGCUGCCGUGGCUGGAUCCGGAGCCGCCGGUAACGGAAUGGGCCAUAAGGGUGAACCCAUCCACGUCAUUGUCCAAGAGUCUACUCGCUCUGUCGUUUUCCGAUGGUUCAAGUUCCUGGCUACCUUCCUCGUUGUUACCUACCUGUGCUUCGCCGCCGUUACGAUUCUGAUUGAGACGCUCAGCACCUUCCGCCGCGGACCUGGCCACAAGCAGGACUCUGAGGUCAAGGCCGAGAAGCAGACUACCACUUUCAAUGAUGUCCACGGUUGUGACGAGGCCAAGGAGGAGCUUCAAGAAGUUGUUGAGUUUCUCAAGAACCCCGAAAAGUUCACUGACCUCGGUGCCAAGCUGCCCAAGGGUGUCCUUCUCGUUGGCCCUCCUGGAACUGGAAAGACUCUUCUUGCACGAGCCGUCGCUGGUGAAGCCGGUGUCCCCUUCUUCUACAUGUCUGGUAGCGAGUUCGAUGAGAUCUUUGUUGGUGUUGGAGCCAAGCGAGUUCGCGAACUUUUCGCCGCAGCCAAGUCAAAGUCUCCGGCGAUUGUGUUCAUCGACGAACUCGAUGCUAUUGGUGGCAAGCGCAACCCUAGAGAUCAAGCCCAUGCCAAGCAAACACUCAACCAACUGCUCACCGAACUCGAUGGAUUCGAUCAAGAGACCAAGAUUAUCAUCAUUGGAGCCACCAACCUUCCCAAGAUGCUUGACAAGGCACUCAUUCGACCCGGACGCUUCGACCGCCAUGUCAAUGUGGAUCUACCCGAUGUUCGUGGCCGCAUUGCCAUCCUGAAGCACCACGCCAAGAAGAUCAAGGUUUCUCCCGAUGUUGACCUGGAAGCCAUUGCUGCUCGCUGCCCUGGCCAAUCUGGCGCUGAGCUUGAGAACAUGCUCAAUGUUGCUGCCCUCCGAGCUAGCAGAGCCAAGGCAAAGCUGGUUUCGAAGAACGAUCUGGAUUGGGCAUUUGACCGAGUUACCAUGGGCUCCGAGAGGAAGUCGAUGGUUGUCACCGAAAAGGAAAAGGAAAUGACUGCGUACCACGAGGCCGGCCAUGCUCUUGUUCAGCUCUUCGACAAGGAGAGCUCAAACACCCUGUACAAGGUCACUAUCCUUCCCAAGGGUCCCUCGCUGGGCCACACUGCCCAACUCCCUCAGAUGGAUAAGUAUUCCUAUACCGCUGCCGAGUACAUGUCAAAUAUCCGCGUUCUGUUGGGAGGAAAAAUGGCUGAAGAAAUGCGCUAUGGUGGCGACAGGGUGACCUCUGGAGUUUCAUCGGAUCUUGAGAGAGCUACCGACCUGAGCUAUAUGAUGGUCACCCUCUUCGGUAUGUCCAGUGCCCUAGGACCUGUCGAGUAUGGCAGACGAUACGAAAACCUCAGUUCGGAGACCAAGGCCGCGAUUGAAGGCGAGGUGCAAAAGCAGUUGAGGAAGUCAUAUGAGGAUGUCAGGACACUGUUGACAGAGAAGCGAAACGAACUUGAUCUGCUUGCUAAGGCACUUGUUCGGUACGAGACUCUGGACAAGUCCGAGGUCGAAAAGGUCAUUCGAGGCGAGAACCUCCCGGGCCGCAUCACUAUUCCGAAGGGACCCUUGACGUUGCCGAUCCCUGACCAGGUGCAACCUCCCGGUCUGGGUGGUAUUGCCCAACCCCAGCCACCAGAGUCUCCGCCUCCCGCAGCCGCCGCGGACACAUCCAACACUAAUAGCUGA